AUGGCCUACAAUAUCGGAAGAAACGAAAUACUGACAGAUGUGGCUCUAUAUUUGCAAACAGUGUUGGUCGCCGAAUCCCUUUCAGAGCGAGCCGAAAUACAACGCCAACAGCUCUUGGAAAAACUCACCAACAGAGAAAUGUCGCCGACUAGGACACCGUACAUGGACAUGAACGGACGUUCAAAGGGUCUGAUAAUGAAGUCGAACAGCUUCGCGUGCUUACACCAGCAAGCGGCGUACGAAGAACUGUGCUCGAACCAGCCGAUCUACAACAACGUGCCGUACGAAGACGACAUACUGAAUUACGAAACUUUCGUGACCGGCUGCAACGGGUACAGUCCGCCGCCCAAACACCACCUGAACGCGAAGCGGCACAGCGCGCCGAACAGCGGCGGAGGCGGCAUCGCCGACAACAGCCACCUGUCGACGGGAUCGCUGAGCAAGUCGGCGCUGAACGGCAGCAGCAGCCUCAGCAGCCGGUCGAACAGCGACUCGUCCGAGAGCUCGAAGAGUGAGGUGAUCUACGUGUCGGCGAACGCGGUUAAGUACUCGGCCAGCAAGUACGGGCCGCUGACGAAACGAGAGAAGAUACUGUUCGUCGACCACACGAAGAAGUACUGGGCCGCGGUGCUGUCGUCCACCAUGUACGUGUACAACGGCGAAAAGGAGUUGAAACCUUGUUUGGUCGUCCACCUCGAAGGAUACACGGCCAGGGACGCGGCGGGCGGCGGCAACCGGAGCAAGGACUGGGUGUUCGAAGUCGUGUGCCCGGGCAAGAAGACUUACCAGUUCAUAGCUCAAAACCAAAAUGACCUGCACUCUUGGAUCGAGGCCAUCAACAAUUCGUGCAGCAAGCCGUCCACACCAGAAAUGGAGCAGCUCCCGUCGUCUCCCAUAUGCUUCAAACAGGAGCUGUUGCCUAACCGAGAAUUGCCCGUACCCCCUGCUGCUACCGAAGACCCCACCGCGCAGGAUUACUAUUAUGAUAAACCAAAUCCUAUCAUAAGACCGGUCAAUCUUUACGAGAACGGGACGGACGACGUGGACAUGAUUGAGUCGAUAUACCACUUUAUCGACGAGUCCAAACAAGAAAAGGACACGUUGCCAAAGAUCGAUAAACAGUUCUGGGACGGCGACACGUCGUAUUACAAUAUACCAAACAACAUACCGGUGCCAGUGCCAAUCAAGGAAGAUCGAAAUAACAACGAAUACGAUGAUUAUUUCGCCGAAAAGGAAACUAGCUACGACAUAAUAACGAACGACGAAUGCGAGGUGACUGUGGCGGACCCGGUUUUGGGCGUACAACAGAUAAUACAAAAAAUCGAAGAGAUAAACAGCAAAAAGUCAUCGCCUUUUUUAAGGCGUAAAUCGCAACCAAAGAUCAACAACUGCAACGGGCCAAUGAGAAACUCUACGCCGAUAUACACUACCGAUGAGUUUUACGAGCCCAUGAAAGUGAUAAAAAACAUACAACCCAACAACAACGUAGCAACAGUUGUCGGUUCACAAUCGUUUCGAAAAUCUCGUUGA